AUGGAUAGUCGACAUGCUCCUCCUGGUGUAAACUCUAGAUCAUUAACUGCUGCACAAUCAGCUGCAGAGCUUGAGGUCCUGAAACAAAUUGAGAAUGUAUACUUUUCUCCACCAAAUGAGUUUGAUGCAGCCCGGUAUGCUCUGAACCAUGUCCCUUCGUACACAAAUACUGAUGAUAUAGAGCAAAUGUUCACAAAACUCAAACGACAACAGCAAGUUGUGUCUGGCAAAGCACUCCAUUUAAUAUCACAACAACGUGAUAACUGUGAUAAGGAAUUUGCUGAAAUACAAAAUAUAAGGCAACAACUCACAACAACACUAAACACAUGUAGACAAGCCAGAGAAAACCUCCAAAUUGCCUCCAACCAUUUGACUAUAUCUACCUUUGUUAUACUGGCUAAUGUCAGAAAGAAACAGAUAAUUAAAUCAGUACUAAAGUCAUUGGAUUUGCUAAGAAGUCUCCGUAGUGUUGAAAAGGAUGUAGCGGAGUUACUAAACAAAAAAGAGUAUUAUAGCGCCAUUGAGUUGAUAUUAAAAAGUCUAAAGGCAGCUUCAAAUCAUAAGGAAUACACAUGCAUUGCAGAUCUAACAUCACGGCUUGAAGACACCCUAGAUAUGACAGAGGAGAAACUUGAUUCAGUCCUUUCCAGUAUUUGCUAUAGCUUUGAUGCUUCAGUCUUUUCGCAACUGAAAAGGGCAUAUGAUCUUUUAGGAAAGACUCAGGCCGCUAUGGAGCAAUUACACAUGCAUUAUUCCUCUGCCGUUAAUGAAUCUGCUUUUGAAGCUGUCAAAUCCUUUGUUGACAACGUUUCCAUGGAAACCAAGUUUCAGGAAAUGUGCCAAUCUGUGCCUACGAACAAGGCCCCAACGUGUUUGUUGAAUCUCUGCGAGAAAUUGUUCCUUGUGAUGCGGAGUUAUUACAUUCUAGUGAAUUGGUAUAACAAAAAUGAGGCAUCUAGUAAUUCUGGUAAUGUCUGUGAUAUUGAGAGGAAUGUCAGUCGGGAAUACAUUAAGCAGAAGUUAAAAGGAGGUCUCAUAAGAAUCUGGCAUGAUGUGCAAAGCAAAGUGUCAAUGUUCCUGAAAAGUUCUGGCUUAGAAGAGUAUCCAUUUGAAAAGUUUAUCCAAAUGCUGGGAAUUCUACGGAAAUUGACUCAAGUGGCUGAAGUUUUCUGUGGAGACACGUCCGAUCUCUUGCAGGAUUUUAUUAAAACUCAAAGUGUUGCAUAUAUAAAGAACUACCAUAAGGGACGUAUGGAGGAACUGAAGCUCUUCUUAGAAAACGAAGGAUGGGAGCAGUGUCCUGUCAAAUCCACGUUCACAGUACUGCAUUUACAGGAAUUCAAACAAUUCAAGAAAUAUUUCAAGCCCAAAACAGAUAUUGGAAAAAGUUCACAAUCAUCAUCAUCUGUACAUUCUUUAGAUGAUAGCGUAUACAUCGCUAAAUACUUUGGACAAACAACAAGAACGCCAUUCGAGAUCUUUCGAAACGAAAACGUAACUAAUGAUGACAUAUUUGGAUUAGAACCAGAAUCGGAUGUUAGUGAGGAAUCUGAUGAUGAACCUGAUGAAUUGAAAAGAGAUUUCGUUGAAGACGCCGAAGUAAAGGAGAGUCCGUCGAAAGUGUCCAAUAGUGUAAUAGUCACAAACACAACUCUAUCGGUGCUAAGAAAUUGCGGGCAGUACUUGCAAAUUUCAAGAUAUCUACCACAAAUUGCCUUAGAAGUGAUAAUGCUGAUGAACCAGCUAUUCGACUACUAUUUCUUCACAGUGCACCUUUUCUUCACAUCUGACCUGGAGGUUGCUUCCAGCACGUUAUAUACCCCGAAAUUGAAUGGUGUUUUAAAAAGAAUCUCGACUUUAGAAGACAAUUUCGCAAUACCAAAAUUACCUGAAAAUUUAGAAAAAACAGAAGCAAAUUUGCACGGAUUAAGCGAACGUAUAGUCGGUGUUGAGAGUCUUAUUUUCUUAGCGAAACAAUUUGAGACGCUCCACCCAUAUUUAGAGACAAUAGUCGCGCAGCAUCAAAGGAUGAUUCUAGAACAUUUCCGAGAUAACACCUUGAGGGUGGUGGGUGAUUUGCGAAUGCCUGCAUAUAUGUGUUCGGCGUCGAAAGCUGUCGAUGCCCGGUCAGCCCUCAUCGGGAUAUCCCAAGUUAGAUGGGAUGUUAAGACAGUUGCUGGUGAACAUAGCCCAUACGUGGAUAUGAUUGUUCGGAAGAUACAAGUGUUCGCACUGCGUUUGGAGAACAUAUCCCAAAAGGUUACCCUAAACAUCGACAUUGUUAACGGGAUUUGGGGAAUGGUGGCUAAGUUUAUUGUGCAUCUGUUGGUUGAGGGUUUCUCUAAUGCGUCAAAAUGCUCGAAUGGCGGUAGGGGCUUGAUGCAAUUGGAUUAUAGGCAGCUGUUUGUGAAGUUGGAGAAGAUUUCUGGCUUGAAACCGAUUCCAUAUCAGGAUUAUGUGGAUAGGUAUGUUAAAGCGUACUAUUUGCCACGGGAUGAGUUGGAGGUGUUUGUUAGGGAUAGAACUGAAUAUUCAAAUAAGCAUUUGAUUACGUUAGUCGGGUGUGCUUGUGAAAAUAAAAGGGAUAGACAGGCGUUGCUGGGUGUUUUAGAAGGGAGGGAAGGAUCAUAA